CGCCCCCCGCCCUAACGGCUCCCGGAGGCCGCUCGGCUCCGCCCUGGUGCCCUCCGCGUCCGCGCCCCUCGCGUCCCCUCAGGGCCCCGGCGCUGGCUUCCGCGGUCGCCAUGACGGCGGCCGUGUUCUUCGGCUGCGCCUUCAUUGCCUUCGGGCCCGCACUCGCCCUCUUCGUCUUCACCAUCGCCACCAAGCCGCUGCGUAUCAUCUUCCUCAUCGCCGGAGCUUUCUUUUGGUUGGUGUCUCUACUGAUUUCAUCACUUAUUUGGUUCCUAGCAACACCCAUUACUGACAACAAAGAUGGACCAACACAAAAAUUUCUACUAAUCUUUGGGGUGUUGCCUUCCAUCUUUAUCCAAGAAAUGUUCCGGUUUGCAUAUUAUAGACUUUUAAAGAAAGCCAGUAAGGGUUUGAAGAGCAUAAACCCGGAUGAGGCAGCACCCUCUAUGCAAUUGUUGGGCUAUGUUUCUGGCUUGGGCUUUGGAAUCAUGAGUGGAGUAUUUUCCUUUGUGAACACCUUAUCUAACUCCUUGGGACCUGGUACUGUGGGCAUUCAUGGAGAUUCCCCUCAAUUUUUCCUCAAUUCAGCUUUCAUGACGCUGGCCAUCAUAUUGCUGCACGUGUUCUGGGGGAUUGUGUUCUUUGAUGCCUGUGAGAAAAAGAAGUGGUACGUCCUCCUCAUCGUCCUCCUAACCCACCUGCUGGUGUCCGCACAGACCUUCUUAAGUCUUCAUUAUGGAAUAAAUCUGGUGUCAGCAUAUAUAAUCAUGGUGGCCAUGGCCAUCUCGGCUUUUUUUGUUGCUGGAGGCAGCUGCCGAAGCCUGAAACUCUGCCUGCUCUGCCAAGACAAGGACUUUCUUCUUUACAACCAGCGUUCCAGAUAACCUCUGACAAUCAGCACCUCCCAAACAGUGGGCUGCAUCUUUAGAGGAAGCACAAUUGUGCCUUUUUCUAAAAGAAAUCCCUUUUAUUCUGGUGAAAUUUAGAAAACAUGAAACUGGAUAGAAAUUUCAUUCACAUGGCUUUCAAGCAACGGAUCUCUGAAAAGGAUGUGUCCAGUGGUCUGCAUCUUUACUACACAAGAGUCACCUGGCAUUACGUGAAGAAUUCUGGCUCUGGCUCCUCACUCCAGAUUUAGUUAGCUGUUGGGUAAUUUUUGAAAGCUUGAGGUAAUUCCAAUGAGGAGCCACUGAAGUCUAAAUGGGAACUUCCUGAAAACACCUAAGUGGGUGAGAGGCUGGUGUUUGCUUCCUAACUCAUCUUGUGCUAAGCAGGUAAAUUGUCACAUUUGUCUUUUUGUAUUCUGAGGCCACAGGAGGCUGAAGGGCUAGCACCUUUGUGGACUGUUUCCAUGAACUUCGCUAGGACCAUUUUAGAGAAACAUGGUGCACUGUGUUUCUUAAUGCAAUAUUACAUUACACUGACCUUCUAUAAUAAGUUAGCCAAAUUAUAUUUUCUGCAGGUUUUUCCAUUCUAGGUUUUACCUUUUGAAGCAUUACAUUUUUUUUAAACUCUAAAUUCAGUUUCUUUAAGAUUGUUUUCUGACUUUUUUGGGAAAGUAUGAAACCAAGAAUUGUUGUAUGAAGUCUGUGAGUCUUUCCCCAGCUUAAAGCUGCAGGACUUUCCAUCUGAGUGCUAGGUGCUGGGCUGGGUGAGGUGAAGCCCAAUGUUUUAUUUGUGAGUGGCUGGGUAGGGUGCUGAGUUACGGUGCUGGGACCAGCUUCAUUUAGAGCGUAAGGAAAACAUGCCAAAGGUGAUUUUGAUACCUUUCAUUUUCUCCUAUGAUGCUGAAUAGCACUUCGACCCAAAUGGUACUGCAUCACACUAUCACCUAACCCAUAGAAUCUUUAGAUCUACCAGGAGUAGGUGUCUCUGGAUUUGGGGAGUGGUCAUACAGCAUUCCCUUUAUAAGAAUAUUUAAGGUGUUUGCUCAGUCUCUAAACAAACAUUUUGGUUUUCUUUAUAAAGAGGAACUGCCAAUGAAUUGUGAGUUUACCAGUUGGCAAUUGCUCCCAGAUAAUGUCUUUGGGGUGCUGAUAGUAUGAAAUUGAAAUUAUCUAUGCACUAAAGUGAUAAUCAUAUGUGAAUCUCAUAUGUGUAGCAGGACAUCCAAAAGAAAUAGGGUCAGCAUUGAGUCCUCAGAAAUGGCAUGACAAAUGGAUGUCUUUGACAGGACUGUGAUAGGGAGGAAUGAUGGGCAUAUUGAAACAGAAGUACACCUGGUGUUUUGAGCUAACCAUGUGUAAUUCCAAAGUCCAGACCUUGCAUGUGAACUCAAACUUUAUUAAUAAGAACUUCUUUUGUUUAAAAGUAUUAGGAUAUCUCAAUUGAGAGAUUCAGGAGAAGUAGGUCUUCUAAAAAGGCUGUAAAUCGCGUAAGUAGCUGUAAUCAUUCCUCUAAGAUUACUUUAGGACUAAUACCAGUGCUCUACUGGAGCUUUUAGUUUUCCAGUUUUAUGCAAGAUUUUCCUUGGACUAGAAAAAUCAAAGGCGUAGACUGAAUAUAGAAACUGUCUGUGUAGUCAAGAGAGAGAAGAUGUCCAUAGAACUAGGAUUUAAUCUUAGCAGAACAUAAUAUUCUUCGGUGAAGAGAAAAAAAAUAUAGUUGGUUAUUACUGUUGGCUUACAAAUCUCUUAAGUAAAUUCUCUGAUAAAAUAUCUACCGAUCUGUAUAGAAAAUCAAAGAAUUGUUUAUUAAACAUACUUGAGCUCUGAGCAGAUUCUUUGUGUCCUAAUAGUUUAAUAUUAAGCUGGCAUGUUGUAUAAUCUCAUUUAAUAAAACCCCAGAUGAGAACAGUAUUCUCCUUGGUGGGACUGUGAUCUUAGUUCAGGAAACUAAUAAUCUUUGUUAUCUGUAAUAAGGGAAUGCUGUAACACUGCUUUCUCUAAGAACGUAUUGCUGUAGUUGGCAUAGCCAGCUUUGCAAACAGCUUGCUUUGCCUCCUGCCAAGAAAGCCUAGAGGGAAGAUACAGUUUUCUUGUGUGUCUUUUGUUUUGUUUUAUUAGGGCUUUUUGUUUUCCUGCAUUUAUUAUCUAUGGUGAGCUUUUUGAGCCCUAAUAAUUGGAGAGGAAAAAUAGGUAUUAUAUGUUCUCUCCCAGAAUUUUCUCAGUUUGGAAGGAAUUCUGGACAUGGUUAAAAGUUGACCUUGGGUAUUAUGCUAUGUGGAUAAUAUUGAUUCCGUUGGUUUCUAAUAUAAGCUGUAUUUCUUUUAAUUCAUGUAAAUUAGUAGUCAUAACUGGAAACGUCUUGUUACCUCAGUCCUGGCCUGUCUGAUAGUAUAGUAGCAGCAGCCUUUUUUAGAGCAUAUUGAUAAAAACCUGGCUGAAAAGAAGUAAUGAUGUUAUGUGCAGACUAUGUAGAAAAUGGCUUUUGUUCCCAGUGUUUUUCUUUUUUUCCAAGUACAUUUCAGUGUUUGCUGAGCAUGGCAGAUUCUACACCAGAAAUGCUUGAUGUUCUUAUUCAUACAGUGGAUGCAGCAAGCAAUUGUGAGAGAAGAUUCUGUACCUGGUACUGUUCCCAGCACUUAAGCAGUCAGCAUGGGCCACAGAGUGGUGCUGAGUCUUUGAUAAUCAACCAGAUAGCGGGGCAGGCAGCCCGUGGAGCCAUCAUGGCCAGCUUUCUGGGAAGAGCUCUUUGAGGGCUGGCUUUCUGUUAAUUUCUUGUAGGCCUCAUCAUUCCAAACUGCAGGUGGACAAAGUAAAUGUCACACCAAACUUGCUUUGCUUAUAGCAUUUUAUUUGCAAUUAUAAUAUUUAUAUUUCUCAUUUAAUAAGCAGCUUUAUUCUGGUAAAGUGUAGUGUUUAGAAGAGAUGUCUUUAUGUAAAAAAUGCAAAAUUUUAUUUAAGUUAUACCAUUAUGUCCUACAUACUUGCAGUAUCAGAUAUUGCAUUCAGCACAUGAUUCAGUGGACUCCUUCCAGACCUGUGUUUGUCAGUGAACAAUAAAAAGAUCAUUUGACACUA